AUGGCACGCAGACUAGCAAGACAGGGUGCACCAACUAUGACCAUCCCCUCCCCACCCGAACGCAAAACCCCACCGACCCCGCUCCUACCCCAGCAAGUGCCGCCAGAUAUGCUGGAACGCCUCGAGCACAUCAGACAGAAGCAGAUCAACGAACUGGCUGAGCAGGAAAUCUGGCAUAAGGAGAUGAUGGAACGGGUUCGAGGAAUGGUCGGCCGUAAUGGUCUUGGGCCCAACAGAACCGAUAAUGAAGAUGUGGCUGAGGGUGCUGAGGCAGGGCCGGCUUCAACGGAAAUGGCAGAGACUGUGGAGGUUGUCGAGACUGGGGGCGGAGGAGCUGGGCUUCAGGGAUGGAAGCGGAAAGCUGAGGACAAGCAGAACGACACCACGAUGGAGGAUGAUGCUGCGUCGGAGGCGUCCACGGAGAGGGAAGUUGAUCCUGACAAUGCCAACGAGGACGCGGAGCCGCAGAAGAAGAGGAUGAAGAUGACGGUGGAAGAGGCUGGUGGAGACGGGGCGGGGAAGGAGGGAUCGCAUCGAUUCAAGGUCACGGGUGACGUGGAUACUUGGAUGCACGGUGCGGCUGAGUGA